AUGCUUCAAUUUCAAGAAAAGGUAUUUUUUGGAGAAUAUGCUCUAAGUGUUUAUCAAUUUGCUCAAACAAUAGCAUUAUUCUUGAUGAAAGAUGAUAUCCAUAGAAACCAAAAAUGGUCUUUAUUUGGUGGAUUCAUUACAUUUUUCUUACAUAAGCAAUUUAGAGAAGGUUUGAGAGCUAACUCGCUUCUACUUCUUUUAAAUGAGGCUCUGCUUUUGUUACGUUAGACUGGGUUAGUCAAAAUUCCAUACUGGGCUCUACUAAGCUCUGCAGGAUUAUACAUGCUUUCUAUCAAAAAAAUGAAGGUUUUCUAGUUUCCUAAGCCAAGAGGUUCUUAUCAUGUAGGAUAUAUUCAUAGAAUCGAAAAAAACCUCUUGAAAAAUCCAUAAUAAGACCUUUAGUAUUCAGUUUAUUAUCCAUGCGUUUACGAUGCUUCAAAGAGAGAUAGAAACUGGAUGAUAACCGAAAACUAUUGGAGUCGCAUGCAUGAUACCAACAUGAAAGACAAAGAAAGACCUGGAAAAGUACCUAAAUUCUUCUUCCGCAUUCAAAGCUAAUUCUUAUAUAAGAUUAAAAUGGGAGUCCUCGAAAAUGCUUAACUUAUCCCUAUUGAAGAUUUGUAUUAUAAGUCUUCAUUUGAGAAAGAAAAAGAAGAAAACAUUAAAAUUUCUACUAAUUAAAAAUAAGAAAAAGGAAUGAAUUAAAACUCUUAAAAUCAAUAGAAUGAAAAUAAUAGCAGUGAUGAUGAUGAGAAAAAAGGCAGUGAAAAGGCAUUUAAGAUGAAGAAAUUCCCUGUAGUAAUCAUAUCACAUGGGUUAGCUGCUCACUGUAAUGCUUAUACUUUAUUUGCCAAAGAACUUGCAAGCAAAGGAUAUAUCGUCUUUUCUAUGGAGCAUAUUGAGGAAAUUAAGAAUCCUUAUGUUGAUCGCCAAUAAAAUUGGGAGUUUCGUAAUUGCCAGUUGAAAGAUAGACUAGAAACAAGUUAGAAAAUGCUUGAUAUAAUUUAUGAUAAAGAAUUCAUGAAAAGAAUAUUCAACUGUUCAAAUGAUGAAGAUGAAAUUCCAAUAGACUACGAAAAAAUAUCUAUUUUAGGACACUCUUUUGGAGGUUCAACAGCUCUUUAUACUGCAAUGAAUGAUUAGCGUAUAACUGGAGUCUGUAUUGGCUUAGAUCCUUGUGUGUACGUUUACUAAAAAGAAGAAAUAGAUCUAUGUGAAUUCCCUCGUCCAUUAUUGUGUAUCAACUCUGAAGAUUUUUACAAGAGACUUUAUCCAUGGUUCUAAAAUGAUGAAAGUUUAGAAUUAAUCUUUAAAAACAUGAAACGCUACUCUGAUUAAUCUAUUAAUUGCUAUAUUAAAGGAUUGGCCCAUGCUAAUCAAUCUGAUCUGGCACUAGUAAUGGCAGGAGAAUUUGAUCUGUACGGAAUAACAACAAGAGGAGAAUGUGCAAAAAAGCACAUGUUUCACAAUUUAAUGCUUUUUGAGUAUUAUUUUGAAAGAGUCCUUAUCAAGGAUGAAAAGAAUCUAACAAAUAAAUAAUUCAUAGAGGAAUAUUUCAAAAUUAUAGGCGAUGAAUAUAAGAAGGAUUAUAUUAUAAAUUCUCCUUAGAUUUAAAAUUGA